UGGGCAUCCACCGACAUUCACCACUGCUAGUCAGUCGGUAAUGAAACGACAGAGAUCCAGCAACGACGACCACUGCCGCCAUGGGAACAGGCACUCGCCAGUCGACAUAUAUCAUGUCCGCCCACCACGGCCAAUGGGGCUGAUGUCAAUCCAUCCCUAAAUCUGACCAAACUGAGUUCGCAAACAUGCCGGCGACGACGACGACAUCGGCCCCCAGCCAAACCCCCGGCCAAACCCCGGUCGUCAACAUCACGGCCGCUCACAUCAUCAAGUGCGCCAACCCCGAGAGCGCCGACUACCUCCCGUCGCCUUUCCGACUUGGUCCCUUGGAUCACUUUGCCCAUACCGCCGUCCCCACCGACCUGGUCUACGUCUACGAGAAGCCCAAUUUCCUUCAGGCCGAAGACUUUAUUCCCAUCGCACGACUGCGUGACGCCAUCAGCAGCCUCCUCAACUACUACCCCCACCUGACUGGCCGCCUCGCCGUCGACCCUUCCAAUGGCGUCCGGAGUAUCACCAAGCUGGGCACGGGCGUCUCCCUGUUUGAAGCAUCUUGCGACCAGCCGCUGUCGCCGUCUCCAGAUCAUGAGCAUGUUGAGAUGACCAAUCUCCCAGGGGCAGGCGAAGCGCUGAUUCCUCCCUCAUUCCCUACAGUGCCUCCGCCUUCUGAAGCAGGGCUGGCUACUACUGCGGCUCACUGGGAUCCCUCUUUCGACGACGAAACGGGCAUCCAGCGCGGUCCCCUUCUGCUAAUCCAACGUACCCAGUUCAAGUGCGGCGGCGUUGCCAUCGGGUAUCGCAUCUCCCACACCGUCUGCGCCGCAGAGGGGUGCAUUCAUCUGUACCAAGACUUAUGCGAAAUCUACCGCAAGCUUUCUCGUGGUGAUGACGGGGUCCUUGACCUCCCACCGCACAUCAUCCCCUUUGCCGCCGACCGAAUAACCACCCCCAAUGAGGAAUCACAAAAUCAUGCCAUUGAAAAUCCGCCCUUGGGCUACCUAGUCUCCUCCCAUCCAGGCGAAGCACUAGGCGGCGAUGCCGACAAGCACAUGAAGAGUACAGUCUCUUCAGACACUGCUGUCCAAGAGCCUCCCAUCUCUAUCGCCGACACUUAUCUGCACUACUCCCCCUCUGAGCUUGCCAACCUCAAGAUCAAAGCUACCAACCCCGACGACCCCGACUCCUGGGUAUCCACGUUUGAAGCCCUCCUUGCCCACCUGUGGCAGCAAACCCACCAGGCCCGCGUCCGCGCCGCUUCCAAUCAAGCCCAUCGUAUGCUCACGGGCGGCCCCAAAAGCGUCCCGACACCCAGCUUUUGGACCAACAUCAACUUUUCCCAUUCCAACCGCCUCGACCUCGCUGGACAAAGGAAGGGGAUGGGAAAGAGUCAUUACUUUCCCAAUGCCGUUCUUCCCGUUUUCUUAACCGUGGCUGAGGACGAUACGAUUGACUUGUACGAUGCCCCGCUCUGGCAGGUGGCCAAACUAGUACACGAGGCGAUACGCCAUCCCGAGACUGCCAGCACCGAAUACGCGUUGGCGGUCACCAACUGGAUGUGUGACUUGACCGACAAGCGCCUGGCCAAAGUCGACUUCAACCUGUUUGCGAGGUGGUGCUUUGUGAAUACGGAUUGGAGCAAGUACGAGCUGUAUGGGGAACGGACAGCGCUGGAUCAUGUUGAGGCAGUGUUGGCAGCCCCGCCAUUCACGACGAUAUCGAGGUUGGAUGGCUUUACGACUUUUGUUCAAGCGAGAGAAAGGGGAGGGAUUGACGUGAGGUUGACGAUGAACAAGGCGGCCUCGGGAUAUUUGGAGGGAUGAUUUGGGCAUGUUGUCCAUAGGACAAGGCGGGAGCUGUAGCGAGUUGGAGAACCUGGGUACUCGAAGGAUCUGACCGAGGAAGUUUUGGCAGGCUGUGAUCCAUGGAAUUCUCUACCUUACCAUCUCCAGACUAGCAUUAAGGAGCGAAGGCAUCGGGAGUGCAUCAUUCAAACAUCUACCCACAGCAAAACGUACAUGGCCAAACAGCCUUCGCUUCUUUGUCCUGUCCGAAAUCCGUUUCCAUCCAUGAACGUCAAGGCCUCAAACUCGCUGUCUACCUCUAAACCAACUAAUCUCCCUUUCGAGCCGACCACCACAAAACAGACAUACGAAACAAAAUCAGAAAGUCGCCGGCUGCGGAUCACAGUACCCAAACUCGGGCUGACAACCCACGAUAUACGGACAGAACUGAUCCCCAUCUCCACACCAUCCAAACUGGCUGCAACACCGGCCAUAGGCACUUCCCAAACAGUUCUGUCCGUUUCCGCACCGCCCAUCUGUACUUGGCACUUGGCCGGGCGGUAGCGUGUAUGUCGGGCCAGCGCUCGUACUGGUGCUUGUCCGGGUUGAAGUAGUAGUACUGGGGGUGGAAGUGGAAGUGGAAGUGGAAGGGGAAGUGGUUCCAGGGGAUCCGGAAUCAUCCUCGCAAAGACCAAAAGCAGAUUGGCAGCCUGCACCACAGUACUCGGGUCCGGAACCGCACCAGAAGAAACGAGAGCAGCAGGGGCCCCAACCGGCGUCGGUGAUGCCAGGGCAAAUGGUAGAGUUGCCGCAUUGUCCGUUGGUGGUGAUGAUUCCGGUGGGGAUGGGGACGAAACUGCUGGCGCUGGUGCUGCUGCGUGUCGAGGUAAUGCUGGUGGUGGUGGUGGAUGUGCUGCUAGUGGACCUUACGGUGGUCGACGUCGUAGUGGUAGAGGUGGUAGCCACGGGUCGAGGCCAUCCACAGACGCCAUAAGCAGGCUGGCAAUCAAAGCCCGGGUAACAGUGGUCCACGGUGUCGCCACAGUAGCCGUACUCGGAACAGCAGAGGCUGUCGGGGCAGCGGCCAUAGUUGGCUCCGCAACGGCCGGUGGUGGUUUGGCGGAUAUGAAGCGGCUCGUGAGGGGAUUCGUCAAGACCUAGAGCGCGGAGUUCGGACAGGGAGGUGCCGUUGGGGGGUUGAUGUUGACGACGGGCGAGGGCGCGGAGGAGUUGUCGGUCUGGGAGGGAAAAGUCGUGGGCGAGAGCUGGAAGGGACCACCAGCUCCGCGCGAGGAGGUUGAGGAACUUCAUUUUGAUCGAGUUUCUGUCUUUUGACAAUGAAGGGUUAUCUGGUCCGAACCUGGUGACCGAAAGAUCACGGCGUGAUGGGGGAAACAAGCCCGACGAGGGGAAGAGGGCAUAUGAGAGGUUUUGAAGCUCUUUCGGGACUUUCUUUUCCGCCGGCUUCUUCCCACACUUGAUCACUCACUCUCCCUUCUUGGCUCAAGGACCCUCGAUACCAAACUUUUGGCUGACGUGGACAGACACAUGCACAUGUGAUAAGACGCCCAGAAAUUUUGUCAACAGCCAGAAAGGGAAUAACCACUCGGUCGUGCUGUUCCCCGGGAUAUAACCGUUUGGCAGUUGGAAAGUUGUUGCGGGAGAGCCACCUAAUAAAGAGGCUAAAUAACCGGCUGCCGGGUUUGCCGAGUUUGUGUUGCCGCAGGAACGGGGAAUCUUGUCCCGUGUCAACCAACGUCCGAAAACCACGUUGUUCUUAUACCGUCUUGGAAGAAACUGGGUGACUUCAUUGUUUUUUUUUCUAUUGUGUCUGGGGAAGUUCGGU